AUGGAAGUGGUCUGCAAGAACGUCCCCCCGGACCUGGACCGCAAUACCCUCCGCAAGGAGCUCACGCCCUUCGUGGAAGCGCUCAAAAUUGAGGUCUGGGAAUGCGAAAAGCUCAAAAACAGAAAGAUUGCGUUUAUACAAUUCUUGAACCCCUCGGACGGUCAGCGAUUCUUGGCCAAGCACGGCCAGAAGACUGCCGUCAGAAACAAGACUGCCGCCUCUCCUACCCAGCCGGAGAAACAGCCAUCGAAGUCUCGAAACAUUCCACGCUUGCGCAUCACCAACACCGCCAUAUUUGUGGAAAAAAGCAACCGUCCCCUCAACUUGGGCCAUAUGCAGCAUGAGCAGCACCAGCAGCGCCAGCAAGCACGGGGUCCUGCGCGAGAUCAGUCUGCCUCGCAAGCGCUGGAAUUCGAUAUACAUCGUCUCGAAGCCGGUCACAAUGCAUUUCGAAAGACAGCUCUCACUUUCUUCCGAGCAACAUCGGCUCCCGAGGCUCAUAUAAUGCACGUGCGGAUGACGCCCCGUGUACUGACCAUUACGAAGCCUGGCGAGUAUCGUUUCGAGAUUUUCACCAAUACUGUACAGUCGUUCGUGUACAGUGAUGUCGACAAUUCAUGCACACUCGUGCUCGCCGAGCCGCCUAGAUGCUUCGCAGCCGUGGGCGAGCUGAACAGCAGAGGGCCAGAGUACGAGCGCAGCGACUGUUGCCUUAGUUGGCGCGACCACGGGCGGUAUGUCGCUGAUUGCUUGGUGUACAAAUUUACAAUUCUUCGACGCGAUGGAAACGAGCGAGCCAUCUCCGACUUGGCGGAUUCCAUCAGGGACCACCAAUAUGCCCCGUUUGUUCGGUAUCGAAUCGCCCAGGAAAAUCAUCCAGAACCCUUCGUCCAAGACUUUGAGAGCAGCAUGACAAGUUUCAGAGGCAGACUUGACAACUACAACUUGAGAAAGGGCGCACUCCCCUUUCCUGUACUCUUUCAAGUCCAGGCACUUGUCUCCAACAACUACCUUCACCCUUCCGCUGGCUCUCGCCUUCUGGCGGAGAUGGACAAGAUAGCUAGCGAGGCGAGAGCAGACGGUGCACCAUUCCCACUGACAGUGGACGCCAUCAAAAAGCUACACCAGGACAUUCCCUGGGUCACGCCCGAAACCGACCCCAAUGAGCUUCAUGUACCAGCCUUGGCAAAACUCGUCGUUCAAUAUGCGUCGAGCGCCCGACGAGAGAACCCUGCAGAGAGGCACCCCGUGUACGGUACGCCUAUUCCAGGCCAUCAGGCCUGGAUCAUGAAGGCCAUGAUUACUCCGACGCGUAUCAUCUUCCAUGGACCCGAGGCCGAGAGCCAGAAUAGGAUAUUGCGAAUGUUCCCGAAUCACACAGAUUACUUCAUUCGAUGCCUUUUUGUGGACGAAGAUGGGCAGGACAUGAUGUUCAACCCCAAGGUCUCUAAUGAGCCCAUAUACCGAAGGUGGCGGAAGAUACUAAAGGACGGUUUCAGAGUGGGAGGGCGCCAUUACUCCUUCUUUGCCUUCUCGCACUCCUCUCUGCGAUCACAUUCUGUUUGGUUCAUGGCUCCAUUCACGGAUGACGAGUACAUGCCACAGGACUACGACUCCAUCAUCCGCCUCCUUGGCACAUUUGACGACAUUCGCGUCCCCGCCAAGUGCGCCGCUCGUAUUGGCCAGGCCUUCAGCGAGACGCCGUAUGCGGUACCGAUCUUCAAAGAGAAUAUCCUCACUCGGUACAUUCCCGACAUCAAGUCACGAGAUGGUGUUCGUGUCUUCAGCGACGGGGUCGGCACCAUUUCAAAGGGGGCGAUGGAGAUCUUUUGGAAAUACCUGCCCGAGAGCGCAGCCGCUGUGACGUGUUUUCAAAUUCGAUACGGUGGCGCAAAGGGUAUGUUAUCUCUCGAUACCCGACUGCCUGGCAAGAUGAUCUGCAUUCGCAACGAGUCGAUGCAAAAGUUCCAGAGCAACGACUUGAAAGAAGUCGGCAUCUGCGAUACCGCGUCAAGGCCGCUCCGACUCAUGCUCAACCGCCAGAUGAUCAAAAUUCUCGAGGACAUGGGCACACGGGACCAGUGGUUCAUUGAUCUGCAGAACAAGGAGCUUCGUUUCCUGCGCGCGGUGACGGCGUCUGCUAACAACACGAGCACUUUCCUGCGCCAUCAACUGAUCGGCACGAACAUGGGCUUUCCACAAUUUAUUAGGGAACUGUACUACCUCGGCAUUGACUACCGACGCGAUGUGUUCCUGAGGACAGUCGUGGAGAAUGUUGUGCUGAGGGAACUUCGACUACUGAAGCAUAAGGCACGCAUCCCCGUGGAGCAGGGCGUCACACUGUUCGGUAUCAUGGAUGAGACGGGAUUCCUGAAGGAGGGCGAGAUCUAUAUCACGUCCGACAAGGCGAACCAGAUCGCAAAGCCACCUAGCAAAGGUUUUGCGCUGGUCACGCGAUCGCCAGCGCUGCAUCCUGGCGAUAUCCAGGUGGUGAACAUGGUCGAGCCCCCCAUUGACAGCCCGUUGCGCAGCCUCACCAACUGCGUCGUCUUCAGCCGCAAUGGACGUCGCGACCUCCCCAGCCAACUCAGCGGCGGCGAUCUAGACGGGGACUUGUACAGCGUCAUCUGGGAUCCCGCGGCCUUUGUGUCGAAGCAGUUUGAGCCGGCCGACUACCCUCGCGUGAGCCCGACCGAGGUAGAUCGCAAAGUGACGCGGGAUGACAUUGCCGACUUUUUCAUCAACUUUAUGAAGACGGACAUUUUGGGCAUGAUUGCCACGCGCCAUCAGAUCCUGGCGGACACCAAGGACGAGGGCACCGUGGACGCUGACUGCCUCAAGUUGGCCGGACUUCAUUCUACAGCGGUGGAUUCGUCCAAGACGGGGAUACCGGUUGACGUGAAGCAUUUGCCCAAGCCUCCCAGGACGAGGCCCGACUUCCUGGCCCCAGCGCCGCCUUUGAAGCUGUACGACCUCGGGCAGGUCGCGCACAUUGCGGACGAUGAAGGCAUCGAUAUCGAUGGGGGGUACAGACCGCUGUACCACAGAUCGAAGAAGCUCCUGGGUCGGCUUUACCGCAAUGUUGACGAGAACAAGAUAUGGAGUCACGAUAUACGUCGCGAGGUUGACAAGGAGGGUCCCUCGGUCUGGCAAUUGCUCUGGGAUUAUGUCGAGCGCGAAAUACUGGCAGAGAACUCGCAUCGUCUCUCCUGGAGGCAAAGAAUCAACCGUGCGUGGGACAUUCGAGACAUGUAUGAAAACUCAAUCACCGAGAAGAUGUGGGAUUUCUCAGAGAACCCUCGAUCGCCCAUCACCGAAGUCGAGGUCUUCUGCGGGUUUAUACUCAACAAGCGAGGUUCCCAGACGCGCCGGCAGCGGGACUCGAGUAUCAAGUUGAAGGAGGCGAUUGACCAGACCAUGACCUGGAUCGUCAAUAUGAUCCGCCUUUCGGGCCCGCCACAGACCAAGGAGACUGGCGAGGACGAUGAAGCGCACCAGCAGCAACACAAGGAGGAGCAUCAGGACGAUGUGGUGGAGCUUUGCCUUGCGUGCCUGUAUGUGGGCUGCAUGAUGAGGGUCCCGGGAGACCGCGGCCAGCAGCUGCAGAGUUUCAAGGUUGUUGCGGCGUGCUGUCUCAUCAGGGAGAUGAAGACAUGGCCGAAGAGACGGAGAGAGUACACGUAUGAUACAGGUCCUGGGAGGGCGUUUAGUGGUACGGCUUCCUACCCGGACCACUUUCAGACGACGCUCCCACUUCGAUGA